AUGGUGGCCUCCACGGUUCCGCCGGCCGGCUCCAGCUCAAGCUCGGUGAUGGCGGUCAAAGCUUCCUCCUCAUCAGCAUCGCCGGCCCUGCCAUUAGCCAAGGAUGAAUCGCAAUCACACGCCCUAUACAAGGAGCGAGAGAAGAAGCGGCGUCAACUCCGCGCCGCCAACCACCAGGUAUGGAAGGCUGGGCCAACCUCCAUCUCAAAGACCCUAGACUCCAACCUCAAAAAGAACACAGCCUUCGUCAAACGAGUCAAACAAAGCAUAGGUCAGGAUGCACGCGAUCAGCUUCUCAAGGAUCUGCCCCUGCUCAAUCUCGAAAAGUACCUCCAAGAGCUCACCCAAGCGGUUCCGGAGGGUUUAAGUCGAUGCGUCAACGCCAAGGACUGCUUUGCUGCCACCGAGAUCCUUUCCGCAUUUCACAUACGCUUUGGUGGACAAGCUUUCAGCUCGCCGCUGACGACUGCGCUCGAGCAGGCUCUGGCGCCUGCCAGCAAGGCGCUUUAUCAGAACGCAACCCCUGAGCAGAAGGAGAGAGACGAAGCUGCCAGGAUUGCACGCCAGAAACCCUUGCUUCGCGCGACUGCAGAAUUGGCUCUAGUCGAGGCAGUCGGGCACUCGCAGGACAACAACGGUGCUUCUUGGCUCUACAACCUGCUCAAGAAUCUAUUGGCCACGGACAAGGAGCAUUCCAACGUCCCACUGCUCAUCGCGGUGCUCAAAGGCCUCGGUCAGUCGAUACUACCAUCUUCCAAGCCACAUGAUGCCGACUCGGUCCUUUCGGAGAGAGCGGGAUCUGCUUUGACUCUCGCCGAUGCUGUGGACGUGAACGGCAUCGAACAAGCCGACCUGUCCACCGCGCCUCUCGUGUCCUCAGAUUGGCAGGCCAGAUUCAGCAAGCUCUUCGAGACCUACUUCCAGACCCUCGCUCGUCGCAUCGUCAAGGAGCAUCAGAGGCUACAGGACCAGGACCGCAAGAACCACGAAGCUUAUAUCCGAUCCGGCGAGAUCUUCGAGGAUCGCCAACAGAACUACGAGCGUAUGACAAAGAGCUUUGAGCGGGUGCGGGACUGGGGCAAAGUGCUCUCGGAGUUGCUGAGCGUCCCCAUGCCGGAGCUCGACUCUGCUGCAUCAAACAGCAAUGCUGUCGGCCUUGGCGUCAAUCUUGAUUCUAAAUCUGCCUUCGAGCGUGCCGAUGAAGAGUUCGCCGCAGACCAGAGCCCGUGGGAGGACCAGGAUUCGCAGAAGUUCUACGAAGAUAUCUUGGACCUUGGCGAUGUCAUUCCGCCUACCAUUCUGGCUCAAACCACCGGCAUCGCAAUCACUUCAUCCGCGAGCGGGGACAAGGCGAAUGGUGAAGAAGCAGCGGCGGAUUCUUCCAACGCAAGAGAAUCUGCGACAGCUUUGAGCUCGCCCCGACUCGACUCGGAAGCACCAGAGGAGGCCAUGAAUGCCGGCCCUGCAGCACAACUCGCGACGCUCAUGGCCAAGCUGCCAGACAUGACCAAUCGUGGUAUGAUAGACAGCGCCGCCGUAGAUUUUGCCUUCAUCGCCACCAAGCCAGCGCGUCGCAAACUGGUCAAACACCUCGCCUCGAUUCCACGCAACCGGAUCGACCUAGCUCCUUACUACGCUCGUCUCGCGGCUGUCCUCACCCGGUACAUGCCUGACGUCGGCUCAAGUCUCACCGCAAUGCUGGAAGAUGAGUUCCGCUACCUGCAGCGCAAGAAAAGCGUCGAUCUCGCCGAGACCCGCACCAAGAACGCCCGCUUCAUCGCUGAGCUCACCAAGUUCAAGGUCACGCCAACUCACGCCAUCUUUCACUGUCUCAAGACAUGCCUUGAAGACUUUUCCGGACCCAAUAUCGAUGUUCUCGCUUCACUGCUAGAGGGCUGCGGGAGAUACCUCCUGCGCACGGAAGAGACCUCGACUCACAUGCGCAACAUGCUCGAGAUGCUUCGUCGCAAACGAGCCGCCACCAACCUCGACUCGCGUCAGCUGCUCAUGCUCAAUAACGCCUACUAUCAAUGCAACCCACCAAAGCGCAAAGCAAUCGAGCAAAAGGUACGAGAACCGAUGGAGCUAUACAUCCGACACCUCAUCUAUCACGUGCUGCAGAAGAAGACGGUCGAUGCAGUGGUUGUACACUUCAGGAAGCUCCCUUGGGACGAUACUGCGGCCCAUGGCUGGCUCAAGGACGCCUUCACACGAGCGUGGAGGAUCCGAUACUCGAACAUCUACCUCCUUGCCAUCCUGACCUUUGAGCUAGACCGCUUCCAUCCUGCGUUCGCGGUUGAGAUCAUCGAUCAGGUGCUCGAGAACAUCCGUAUCGGCAUGGAGGAGAACAUCUUCAAGCACAACCAGCGCCGCGUCGCCACCAUCUGCUACCUCGGUGAGCUCUACAACUAUCGACUCAUAAACAGCGGCAUCAUAUUCGAGCAGCUCUGGUCGCUCGCCACGUUUGGUCAUCCCAACGGUCGACCCUGGCCUGGGCAGGUCGCGCCGCUGGAUGCACCCGAUGACUACUUCAGGAUUCGUUUGAUCUGCACGCUGCUCGACACAUGCGGUGCCUGCUUUGAUCGCGGAUCGCUGCGGAAAAAGUUGGAUGACUUUUUGGUCUUUCUCAACGUCUAUGUGCUCUGCAAGGAACAGCCGUUACCAAUGGAUGUCGACUUCAUGCUCACAGAGACACUGGAGACGUUGCGGCCAGAUUGGAAAUUCAAGCAGGUGUUUGGCGAGGCCGCCGCAGCACUGGAAGAGGUCAUGGCGGCCAACAGGUCAAAGACCGCGCAGACCGAGACGGAAGCGGAGAGCGAGGAAAACACUUCGGAUGAAGACGUUCAGGAUCGUGGACAAGACGGAGACGACGGCGAAAAGCGACGCAAGGCGAGACGCGGAGCCGACCAAGCCUUGAGCAGUGAUGAUACGUCAAGCUCAUCGGAUUCGUCAGCAUCUCCGUCUUCUUCCUCGGGUGGCUCGUCGUCAUCUUCGUCACCCGAAAGUGACUCGGACGCUUCGCACUCUGGCGACAACGGCUCUUCUGGCGAAGGAACCGACGAGGAGGAGGACGAACUGGGCCGCCACCGACUCGACGAAGAACUGGCGAUCCGUAAAGAAGCCGAUGACGAGUUCGACCGCGAGCUCGCCAAGAUGAUGGCUGAGCUCGGCUCUUCCACCUCUGCACCCGCGCACGCACCCAGCAAUGGCGCAGGUGGAAGCGCCCAGCGAUCUCAGCUGUUCUCCCGCACCGCCCUUCCUUCUGCCAACAUGGGCAGCCACAGCCACAAUCACGGCCACAGCACCAACCUCUCAGGCCUCUCUAGCAUCGGUCUGCCCAUCAAGCGCAAGCCGUCCGAACAGGACGCACAGGACAGCGCGCACAUGAAGUUCUCCCUCCUCUCCAAAAAGGGCUCCAAGCAGGUGACGCACGAAGUCCAUGUGCCGUCCACCGCAUCCAUCGCGGUCAACACGCGGACCAAGCAGCUCAAGGAGGAGGCAGAGCGCAAGCAGCGUAAAGAGCUUGUGCUGGCGUACGAGCGUAAUGCUGACUCGCAAGGGUCGGAUCUACCUCCGCACAGUGCGUUCCUGCGACGCCCGCAGCAACAGCAACCACAGCAACAGCAGCCACAGCAGCAGCAGCAGAGGGACGAUGCCAACAGAAACGGCAAGAGUGCCGGCCCGGACGACUUCAAGAUCUGGACCAGUCGAGGGUUCUGA